AUGCUACCAACGCCUGCGCCAUCCUCUCCUCCAUCCUCUCCCAAACUCGAAGCAGUAACAGCGGAGGACCAUGAACUUGUGUACCCUGCUCCCCCGAAGUGCCGCGGCAGCGCCCCCUUCCAUGUCCUCGCCGCUUUGUUCGACAAGCUCCAGAACGAGCGCAAGCCUGAGAAGCGGAGAAAGCUGUUAGACUCGUGGUUCAACCACUGGAGAGAAGAAAAGGGAUACGACCUGUUUCCUGUGCUUCGGCUCAUCUUGCCUCAGAAAGACCGUGAGCGUGCUGUAUAUGGUCUGAAAGAGAAGAACCUCGCGAAGACGUACAUCAAGCUAAUCCCACUCGGCAUGAGAGACCCGGACGCCAUCCGACUGCUGAACUGGAAGAAGCCUACUGAGCGAGACAAAUCCUCGGGCGACUUCCCCACCGUACUCUAUGAGGUCGUCAGCAAGCGGUCCUCGGUGAUCGAGGGCUCGCUCACCGUCGAUGAACUGAACGACGUUCUAGACGAACUGGCGAAGAACAUGGGAAAAUCAGAAUUGCAGUCCAAAACUCUACAACGAGUCUACAACCGCAGCACCCCUGAAGAACAGCGAUGGAUCGUCCGCAUCAUUUUGAAAGAUAUGCAAAUCUCCGUCAAAGAGACCACCGUCUUCGCCGUCUUCCACCCCGACGCGCACGACCUCUUCAACACCUGCUCCGACCUCAAGAAGAUCGCCUGGGAGCUCUGGGACCCCGCCCGGCGGCUCAACGACGAGGACAAAGCGGCACAGCUCUUCCGCGCGUUCGCACCGAUGCUGUGCAAGCGCCCGACGCGCCGGAUCGAGGAGAGCGUGAAGGACAUGCAGGGCCAGACAUUCGUCAUGGAGGAGAAGCUGGAUGGAGAGCGGAUGCAGCUGCAUAAACGCGGGAAUGAGUACUUCUACUGCUCUAGGAAAGGAAAGGACUACACUUACUUGUAUGGGAAGCAUGUCGGUACGGGCAGCUUGACGCCUUUCAUCCAUGGCGCAUUUGACUCUCGAGUGGACGAGAUCAUUCUCGACGGAGAGAUGCUCGUAUGGGAUCCCGUCUCUGAGCGCAACCUUCCAUUCGGAACCUUGAAGACGGCCGCACUCGUCAAGGUCUUCGACCUCCUCUACCUCAACGGCCUCUCGCUCCUGCACAAGUCGCUCAAGUUCCGGAAACGCAACCUCCGCUCGUGCCUGCACGAGGUGCCCGGGCGCAUCGAGUUCGUGCAGGAGUCGGAGGGGAAGACGGCGAAGGACGUGCGCGCGCGGAUGGACCAGAUCAUGGCGAACCGCGGCGAGGGCCUCGUCAUGAAGCACCCGGACUCGGAGUAUGUGUUGAAUGGGCGGAAUCGGGAUUGGAUCAAGGUUAAGCCAGAGUAUAUGGACAACAUGGGCGAAACGGUUGACGUCCUCGUCGUGGCCGGGAACUACGGUACCGGGAGACGCUCUGGCGGCGUGUCUACCCUCAUCUGCGCUGUCCUCGACGAUCGGAGACCCUCCGACGAUGACGAGCCCAAGUACAGCACGUUCGUCCGGAUCGGCACCGGGCUCUCCUACGCAGACUAUAUCUGGGUCCGCCAGAAGCCAUGGAAAGAUUGGGAUCCCAAGAACCCGCCGAGCUUCCUGCAGGUUGCGAAGAAGGGUACGGAGGACAAGGGCGACAUUUACUUGGAGCCCGAGGAUUCUUUCAUCGUCAAAGUGAAAGCAGCGGAGAUCACCACUACGGAUCUGUACCAUAUGGGCUUGACGAUGCGCUUCCCGCGAGCGCUGCAGAUUCGGGAUGACCUGGAUACCAGCGACUGCAUGGCGGCUACAACUGUCUUGGAAAGCCUACGCUCCGAGAGGAAGCGCAAGAUGGACCCCUCCGACGAGUACGUCACCGUUAUGCCGGAAUACCGGGGAAUCAGCCUCAAGAAUGUCGAGGUCGAGAGCGAGCUCUUCGAAGGCAUGAAGUUCAUGGUGGCAUCUGAUCCCAAGUCUAGGACUGGCGAGAAGGACAAGAGUGAGCUUAUGAAGUUAAUCUACGCGAACGGCGGUAGCUGCGCGCAGGUUGCCAGAGAUGACUCAAAACUGCUGGUAGUCUAUGGGGGCACAAGUACCCCGUACGACAUCAAGCUCAUCAUGGACAAAGGGGUCUGCGACAUAAUCAGACCGCAGUGGAUCAUGGAUUGCAUUGCAAGAGGGGAACUGGUACCGCUCACAAAGAAGUACUUCUUCCACGCCACAGCCCGCCGACGCAACGACGAAGACUACGACAUGGACGCAGAUACAGAAGAGGAAGAGGAGCCUGAACAGCCUACAACGAGCAGCACUACUCCUGCGACUCAGCCCAUCGAUGAAGACGAUGACAAGACCGAGUCUGAGGAAGAGGACCCCGAGUUGGCGGAUUGGUUCAACGUCAAGAAGGCGUCGAAGAGAUCGGAGGUCCAACGCCCAAUAUUGGACAGCGACACAGAGGCGGACUCAGAUAAUGAAGACGUCAAUCGCGAUGAAGACAUCCAUUCGGAUGAGGAUGACGGUGAUGAUUGGGUCGAUCCCGAACGAGACGAUCGGAUGGGCGAAGACGAUACUGCAAUGGAGUAUGACCAGGAGCUGAUAUUCAAGCAUCUGUGUUUCUACCUCGACACUCCUGACAACGCGCGAAAGCACGGAAUGGCUGUGAAGGCGAAGAACGAGGGCGACGUUAGCCGGAGCUUCGAACGAGUAGCGAAUGCUAUCAAAGAGAACGGCGGCAGAGUUGCAGAUCUCGAUGAUCCCAAACUCACACAUGUAGUCGUCGAUAAGCGGGAUGCCAGCCGUCGUCUCGAGCUCAUACAGCGCACAUCUAAGCCCAAACGCCGCCACCUUGUGAUAUCACAGUUCAUACAGGCUUGUCUGGAUGAAGCCACGCUGCUUGACGAGGAAGGUAAGUAG